AUGCCAUUUCUCCUAUUGAUAUUAGGACUCCCUGGCGCAGUAUGGCACAUAUUUCGACCCUGUGACACAGCGGGACUUCGGGAGUUCCUAAUAAAAAUCGAUAAACUUUCAUCCCAAAGUUCUUCGAGGUCGGAGAGCUCAGCAGGAGGUGAUGUGAUCCACGAUCAACGUAUGUUCCUUUCACAAGAGCAGCUGGAAAAGUUGAGAGCUGAGACAGGAAUUAAACCCUACACUAUUCUCCAAUUCCCCGGUGAUGCAAUACUAAUUCCUGCUGGCUCUGUUCAUCAGGUACGAAAUGUUGCCAACUGCAUAAAUGUCUCAUCAGACUUUAUUUCACCGGAACAUGUGUCUCAAUGUCUCGAAUUGACAGAAGAAUUCCGUCGGUUGCCUAGAAAUCAUCCAAGUCACGAAGACAAGUUGCAAGUGAAGAACAUGAUCUAUCACACAGUGAAAGACGCGCUUUCCACAGUUGUAAAGGCCUCAAUUAGCAGCAAUCAACGCCAACAACAAAAUCCCAGUUCACCCUCUCCAAUGUAA